AUGGACUUCGGUGGUUUAAAAGACUUUAAGAUUCCUCUUCUAAAUCAAUUCAGUGAAGUUAUUGACUUUUCCAAAAAAGAGCCAGUUGAGCAAAAAAUUAUUACUUUUGACGAGGCCUUAGAGAAGGUCUAUGAUAUGGUUUCUUCCAGACUCUCAACUUCAAUGAAAAUAAUUGAAGAGAUAAUCAUACUUCACUUUUUUCUAGUCAUGAUUGGAAUUUUUCCUUGUGCGAUAUUUUCUCGGAUUUUUGGUCCUCAUAAGGCAAUUUAAUCAAAAAAAAAAUUAAAAUUCUAUCAAUUUGUCUUAUAAGGGCUAAAAAUCAACUAAAUAAAUGCCACAUGAGGAAAAUGCUCUGAUCAAAUAAAAUAGAGCCAUCAUACUUAAGGUUACCAAAGACAGUAAAUACCUUGUGAUGGCAACUGAGAAAACUUUAACCAUCAUAAAUACUGACGAUAAAUCCAAACAGUCGGUUGAGCCAGAAAUGGUGCCACGAUUCCUUGAAUUAAUUCUUGAUGAUAAGUAUGCCAUAAUCGGCAAUAACAAAGGAAGCGAACUUUUGGUCUAUAGCAUCCCAGAGCUGGAGCUUACAAAAAGAAUAAAGCGUGAGGACAAAAGCAUAUUUACCAACAUCAUAGUAAGUUAUGAUGGAUCUACUAUGAUUUCUCUCAUGAAAAACAGUAAAAUUUUACUUUGGGAUUUAGAGGACCCUAAUAAUUGCAAUGAAAUUGCGACGGAAAAGUACACGAAGGUAGCAAUUUCUUAUGAUAGUAAGCAAGCUAUGUUCGUCCAAAGAUCCAAAACAAUUGUGCUUUAUCAAAUCGGCAGGGUCAGCAAGAUUUUGUGUGAAAGUGAUUUAGGGUCACUUAUAGGGCAUCUUCAGUUUGCGCCUUCAGGAGAGUUUGUGGCAGUUUCUUUAAAUCAUGCAGUAAGGAUAAAGUCUUCAAAGGAUUUAUUAGAUUUAUUUAUAAUUCCUCUCGAUGAGCCUAUAACUUCUAUGACCAUUUGUGAAAGAGACGAUAUAUGCUAUUUUAUAUUGGUUUUUUAUAUUUUACAGGCAAUUUUGAUCUGAUAUUUAUUUAAUUAAGCAGGUUUAAUUGUACUUGGAGGAAGAAGAGACCUUACUUUGCAUGACCAUAAAAACGACCGUGAGCCAGUUCAUAUGAAACUUCAUAACUCAGCGAUUAAGUGUAUUGCUAUUGAUAAACACCUUAAAAAUAUACAUACGAUUGAAGUUGAUAAUACAAGAACUAUCAGCACUGUGCCUUUUCCUCAGCUGAAUGUCUAUAGAAAGCUGAAAUGUUUGCAGAUUCUUGGCUUUUCUCCACAGGGGAAGCUGUUUCUUAAGUAUAGAAAUGGCGUCAAAUUGCUAUUCUGCUUACUUCCCCGAGUGAGCCCUCUUAGAAAAUCAAAUUACCAAAAAUUUUAUUAAUAAUAAUUCAAUAUAUAAUUGAUAAUUUUAAUAAUGAGUACACCAAUUAUAUAAAUUUAAAACAGCUUGCAUCUUUUAAUUCAUAAAUUUUAUAAAUUAAAUCUUUGCUUAAUAUUUACUUAAAAUCCGAAACCAUUUUUUUAUAAAAAUGAGCAUACUUGGUCAGCAAGUAGCUAAUUGGUGAGUUAGAAAAGAAUCACUUAGUAAAUUUAUCUUUAUUUUACAAAUAAAAAUAAAAUAAUCCUCAAUAAUAGCUGUUUUAUUCUUCUAUAUUAAGCAUAAAUCUUAAGAACAACCAAGAAGACCAUAUCAGCACAGCUGAAGGUAUUAACAACGUUCUUUUCGCAGGUCCCAACAAAGUCAUAGUAUGCCACCUCGCAAAUAUCAUGGUGAUAAACAUGCUUAACCAGUCCAACAAUACAAUUGUAGACACCGACAUGGAGGCGCCUACCAGUUUAACUGCAAAUGCUAGCGGAACUUUACUGUUUUCCGGCUACAAAAAGAAAAUUAAGGUGUGGGAUCUAGAAGCAAUUGGCUUAAAAACUGAGUGAAUAGGCCAUGAUGAUGUAGUGACAAGCUUAAUCCUGCUUAAAGAUGAUACCAUUUUAGCGUCAGCAAGCUAUGAUAACUCAAUUAAGCUUUGGGACCAUCUCAAUGGAACUCUUAUUAAAACAUUAAAAGGCCAUACAAGCCAGGUCCAUUCUCUUCAAGCUGCAAAAGAUGCUAUACCAUAUUUAAAGGAUUAUUAAUUAUAUAGAAACUUCUUUUUUAAUGCAGAAAUUCAGCUAAAUUAAGCAUAACUUGUUAAUAUCAUCAAGUAGUGAUAAAACAAUAAAAAUCUGGAACUGGGACCUCGCGAUCUUGAUAGGAACACUAAAUGACAGUUCAGAUAUCACAGGAAUUCACCUUACCCAAGACGGAAAAUACUUAAUUUCAGCCAGUUCGAGCGGAAAUAUCACUUAUUGGAGCAUGAAAACUUUUUCAAGAAUAUUUUACAAUAAAGCUCCAGGCAAAAUCGUAAAAUUAUACGUCUCACCUGACGAUUCUUAUAUAGGCUACAACCUUGCUAAUGGGUUUUGCUAUGCAGGUGACAACCCUCUAGUUUCAAAAGAUAUCAUAGUCUCAGGGCCUUCAGAAAGUUCUUAUAGGUAUCUGCACUAUCUAAAAUGCUUAAUCACCUAUACAAAUAUCCCUGAAUACGACUUAGAAUUUGACGAUUGGGUCAUUUUGCCUUACUUUUUGACUGUCCCUCAUUUCUACGCAAUGCAAGACUUAAGAAAACAUUUGAAAAGGUCUUUGGCAUUUGAGUUCAGAAUAACCGAAACAAGCUUUGGCGCUAAUAUUUUAUCAAUAGCUACUGAAAAAGAAUACAGAGAAUGCAGAAAUGUCAUCAUUAAGUCAGUGGUUAGGAACUAUAAAGGCAACCCAUUUGCGUUAGCAAGCAUUAAUAAAGAGGUUUUGGUCGACAUGAAUAAUGAAGGCUUUAGGUUUUUAGUAAAACUUUAUGACCUGAUAUUCCAAAGAUGCCAAGGAUAUGGACUGCCGAGCACUUGUUCAGAUACAGUACAGACACCAUUGAUUUAUCAUAGUAAUGAGAUCAUUCCAUAUGCUAGCAAUUUCUUCCCUCCUGCUGUAGAAGGAGGAGUCACUCUUGGUGCGGCUGACCAAGAAAAAAAUAUUUAUUUUAUGCAUUCUCUUAUACCUUUUAACUUUACCCCUGGCAGCCAAGAAAGCUUAGAUUUUAUUAACAGCACCCUAAACUCUCCGAAUCAAGACAUUUUUAGGACAAAAUUCAUUCAGAGCAUUUUUAAAGACAAAUGGAAUGUUAUCAAGUGGUACAUGUACAUGCAAGGGAUUUUAUUCAUUAUUUAUAUGAUUUCGCUCAGCUUAUAUGUCGUAUUUUGGCAGGAUUCUACCAUAGUCUUGCUUGUGCCAUUUACUCUUAGUGGGGUUUUGACAACUUAUGAAAUUUACCAAGCAAUUUCGGCGCCAGGGUACUAUUUUGAAGAUCCUUGGAACUAUUUAGAUUUAAUGAGAGCGACUUCUGUAAUUGUGUAUGGGAUCUUAUUUUGGACUGAAGCAGGAGAUCAAACUAUAGCGACUUCUCUUAUGAUUGUGCAGCUACUGUCUUGGAUGAGAGGAAUAACUUAUUUCCGUCUCUACCCUCCUACCCGCUAUAUGAUUAACCUUCUCAUUGAAGUUGUCCAUGACAUGAUUUCCUUCUUAAUCCUGCUGUUUUACUCCACUUUUUCAUUUGCUUUUAUCCAGCUGCUCCUAGAUCCUCCAGAUUCAAGGGCUUCUUUAGUCAACUACUUUGCUGGGUCCUAUUUGUUGAACUUAGGAGAAUUCGACACAGAAGGGCUUAGUGUCUUAAAAUCAGUUAUGUUUUUCAUAGUCAGCUUGAUCAAUAUUAUCGUCAUGAUGAACUUAUUAGUCUCAAUCCUUGGUGACACCUUUGACAGAGUCGAAGAAAACCUAGAAAUCACUGAUUAUAAAGAACUCGCCGAAAUGAUUUUGGAAAUAGAAACCCUGAUGGUCUGGAACAGAAAUGUAAAGCAAAACCAGUAUUUCCAAAUUUGCUUUGAAGAAACGGUAGGAGGAGAAGAAAACUGGACUGGCUCUGUAAGAGAGCUGAAAGUGCUGAUUAGGAAUAUUAAAGAUGCCCAGUUGAAAUCAGUCGCAAGCAAUGUUGAAGAGAACAGAAAUUUAAAAGAGCAUGUAGGCAGAGCGAAAAAGAUUUUUAUUGAUGAAGCUAAGGCAAUGAAAGAUAUGCUGGACGAGAUGAAAAAAGAACAAAUUGAGGUCGCUAAAUCGAUUGGGUUAGAACUAAAUUAA